AUGGUUACAUCAAUUGGGUCAUCACCGGUGCGGGAACUAUCGGAAGAGGAACAACACGAUGCGUCUUUAGCUGAUGUCUACGAUCAAUUGGGCGAGGUGCGAAGCUUUGGUUGCAAGAUGAAGGAUCGAAUUGACACGUUAGGUUCGCAAAUGGGAUCAAGGAUCGAAUCUUUGGGAAACGAAUUGAGGAUUCGCGAUCAGAAACUGGAGGAUCUUGGAAGGAAACUGGAUCUCGUCUUGAGUUCUUUACCCGGAAUUGAGACGGUUCGUGAGGUGGGUGGCACGAGUCAUUCAGAACCAUCGCGUGUUCAAGAAAGUCAGAACCAGGUACAUUUUUCACCCUCGGAACCAUGCCGUAGUAGCAUUAGGCCAGGGUUACGUGAGAACUUGGUAAAAAAUGUAGAAAUGGCUGUGUUUGAUGGAGCGGGAGUUUAUGGCUGGAUUGCUCGCGUUGAGCGUUUCUUUAGAUUGGGGGGUUACAACGACGAAGAAAAGCUCGCAUUGGUGUCAGUAAGUUUGAGUGGGGAAGCAUUGAGCUGGUAUAAUUGGGUGAUCAACACAAGACAAUUUGACAGUUGGGGGCAGUUUAAAUCAGCUUUGAUGUUGCGAUUUGGGAACUUGAAGAUUAGAGGACCUAGCCAAAGCUUGUUCUGUAUACAACAAACUGGAUCAAUAGCUGAUUACAUACAAAGGUUCGAAGAUUUAUCAUCACAAGUCACUGGACUCGAUGAACAGAAGUUAAAGGGCAUAUUUCUUAAUGGAUUGACACAAGAAAUGCAGGAGCUAGUACAUAUGCAAAAACCACAUAAUUUGGAUGAAAUGAUGGCAGAAGCUAGAGCCAUGGAGUCGAGUAUCAUGAGAAGAGUGGUUAAGAAGGAGUUGAUGUUGGCAAAUAAGGAGAAUAAGGAGUCAAGUAAUCAGGAUUACAGAGGAAACUCUCACUAUAACUCAAACUCCUGGAAGAUGAAAACUAUUGUCACGGACUCUGUACAAAACAAUGAUAAGCUGACACACAAAGUGGAGCAAAGGCCAAGGAGACACAACACAAAUGCAGAGUUAAACGAGAAGAGAAAGAAGGAGAUUUAUUUCCGAUGCGAUGGACCUUGGUCAAAGGAGCAUAAAUGUCCAAACAGGGAGUUAAGAGUAUUGACUGUUUUCAAUGGAUUUGAAGUGGAAGUAUUAGACGAAAACAGAGAAGAAGAAGUGUGUAUGGAGCAAGUGGGUGAAUGCAUGGCACUGUCUUUUCAAUCAUUUAGAGGAGUAUAUGGUCCUGCUACCACUAAAGUGAGAGGAAUGAUGGGCAAGGAUAGCAUAGUAAUCAUGUUGGAUAGUUGUGCAACACACAAUUUCAUUUCACCAGCUGCAGCAAAAAAGCUAAAGCUUAAAUGUAAAGAAGAUCCGAACCUGAAUGUCACCUUAGGAACGGGUAUUCUGGUGAAUGGAUUAGGAGUUUGCGAGAAAGUGACAUUUUCUGUUCAAAAUCUUGAGUUCACUACUAAUUUCAUUGUUCUGGAGUUGGGACAAAUUGAUGUCAUUCUUGGAGUGUAUUGGCUAAGAACAUUGGGCGAUUGUAGAGUGAAUUGGGAGAAGAAUGAGAUGUCUUUUAUUCACAAGGGACAAAUGGUGUCUAUUAAAGGAGAAUCUGAUUUACUCAUUUCUAAGAUGUCAUUAACGAGUGGGUACAAGAUUCACAAGAAGGGUGUGGAAGUGGAGUUAUGUAACCAACAACUAUGUCAACCGGAUAAUACUCUACUAGAUCCGAGGAUUGAAGAAGUGUUGAACAAAUUUGUCAAGGUUUUUGAGGUUCCCUCAGGUUUACCAUCUAUAAGAGGAAGAGAACAUUCGAUCAUACUAUUACCUGGACACAACACCAUCAGUGUAAGACCCUAUAGAUACCCACAUGCACAGAAGGAGAUCAUGGAAAAGAUGGUUAAAGAGAUGCUUGAUUCUGGGAUUAUCAGACCUAGCCAUAGUCCAUUCUCAAGUCAAAUUUUGCUAGUGAAGAAGAAGGACAACAGUUGGAGGUUCUGCAUUGACUAUCGAGCUCUGAACAGAGUGACAAAACCGGAUAAGUUCCCAAUUCCCAUGAUAGAUCAACUCUUAGAUGAGUUAAACGGAUCCAUGGUGUUCUCAAAGCUAGACCUUUGA